AUGGGACGUACAAACCCUUUGACCGGGCGACGGUUCAUGAUUCCUCCAACGAGCCACUUGAGCCCCACAGAAGCUUCUGUAUUGAAGAGAUGUUUCCCGGUGGAGGACAUUGAGAUAUUUGACGCUGGGUAUCGACAUAGUUUGAACCAGUAUGGUGACAAUCAUGAGUAUGAGGAGUUUGACGGCAGCUUUCUUGGGUUUGGCCCUCCUAUGAGGAAAAAAAGGAAGAGCUCAGACGCAGCAACCGCAGAUACCGAUGCCUCCCCUGAAUUCGUUCCGAAGAUAGCAAGGGCUGUGAGCCGGUCUUCUUCUGACUCUAUAACCUCAGCCCGUGUAUCACCACCAAAGUCGUCGAAUGAGACGAGCACGCAACCAAACCAUCCAUCAACAACCCAACUUCCAACGGCGUCAAAAUCACACGAGAAAGGUGAACGGCACGGCAUUUCGUCAUCAUCGAGAAUAUCACCAAAACGCCCAUCUGGCAACAAGAGCCAGAGUCCAUCUAUUUCAUUCAUCGCAUCGCAACAUUCGUCGAAAGGACAGACUACCAUUGGCUCAAGCACUCCAUCCGGUUCCUCCUUAUACCCUCAGUCCUCUCGUCAUCGUGUACAAGAUAUCAAGCAUUCUUCACCCAUUUCACCUAGUCUUCAUACAAGCAAUGUGGCAAGUCCACCGACCAAGCGGUCAUCCAAUAACAAAAGCCCUGCAACCUAUACAUUGCCCGAUACUCCACAGUCCAAAGUAACUGAUGCCAGCCGAUCAUCACCUACUCGACUCGGAUCUCCCAGCAAUAAAAGCCGACUUGCCAAGCAAGCAGAAACGGCUGGAAACCUCCCUGCUAAAGAUAAGGGUGAUAUACCAGAGUUUCUUCGAAAAAUGAUGCAGCGAACAUCGCGACCUACCCUCUCUGCAUUUGCGGGUGCAACCCGAUAUCAUGGUAAACCCCGGCUGGCGCACGGAGGCAAUCGUAUUUCGAAAUCGACAACGAUCCAGCCGCCAGAUUGGUUGACCAAAUACAAGGAUGGAAAGGUUUCGAGGAUUGAGAGAUAUCGUCAAACUCAUGGAUUUCCAGAUUUACUGCAGAUCUGGAAAGAAGCAGGCCAGCUGACAGCAAGGAUGGCAUCUGUAAAUAUUAAAAACAACAAACGGCACGCAAAACUCGAGGACGAGCAGCGAAGGAAGUCUUCACCUUUCAGAAAAGCUGGAUUCGGGAGUUCAAAGUAA